CUUUUAAAACUCAUUGCAAUUUCACAUUCCCCAAAUAAAUUAGCAAAAUCAAAGCAAUCCUGUCUUCUUAAAUCUCAAUCUCUGUCUAGCAGUCCAGCCGCCAUGAACGACAUCGAAUCUACACCGCCGCCGCAGCCAGCGGCUGAAAACCACUCUCUUAUCCGGCGCCGGAACUCCAUCUCGACCGCAGUUGAGGUAAUCCCCUCUAAACUUUCUCUUCUCCGCCACAACUCCGCCACCUCUUCCUCCACCACUACUACCACGAACUCCGCCUCCGCCUUAUCUUCAUCAUCAUCAUCAUCAUUUCCUUCCGAUGACUUCGAGCUGUUAUCAAUCAAGCCGGCCUCCCAUAGCUAUACUUCACUAAAAGACCUUUUACCCUCAGUUGCAGUCAACUCCCCGAGGCCUAGCGUGUCUCAUCAAGCUCAGUUAGGGUCCGAUAUCUGCAUCCGCAAUCGCCUCGUGAAGCAAGCUGCUUGGGCUUAUCUCCAACCCAUAUCCACCUCCCCUGACUCCGCUGGAAACGGCUUCCCGCACCUUGUCUGGCCGCGUGUAGCCGCCUUCUUUGACUUUGUGAGUCGCCAAAUUGUCCGGGUCCUUACCCGGGCCCUUGAUUGGAUCCUUAGGACUAUCCAGAUUCGGAGCUCCAGAUAACAACAGUAAGAACCGUGCUUUGUGGAUUUUUCAAAUUUUUUCAGUUAUUAUGAUGUAAUGGCAUAAUUGGAAUAUUACAAACAGCAAUUCGAUUCAA